AUGAGAGGCUUCAACAACUACAACCGAUACGCUAACUUCCCGGAUUACACCAACCCGUACGUGAACUACCAAGCGGCGGCCUACGGGCAAUUCAGGCCCAAUUAUGGAGAUUACUCAGGUCAUACGGGUAUGCCCAAUAAUAAUAGUAACAACUCAAGUAACCUAGGCAAAAACUUAAUGCAAAUUGAUUGGACCAAUGUGAAAUUAGUUCCAUUUGAGAAGAACUUUUAUAAAGAACAUGAUGAUAUAAGUAAUUUGACAGCGAAGGAAGUGAAAGAUAUUCGAGACAAACACAGAAUUACCAUUUUGGAAGGAGAGGGGGUUCCCAAUCCUGUAGAAUCUAUUAGCAAAAUUGGAUUUCCAGACUAUGUUUUAAAAUCGCUUAAAAAUAACAAUAUUGUUACUCCGACUCCUAUUCAAAUACAAGGCUGGCCGAUAGCUCUUUCUGGAAAGGAUAUGAUCGGAAAGGCUGAAACAGGAAGUGGAAAAACAUUAGCUUUUAUUUUGCCCGCAUUUGUUCACAUUUUAGCUCAACCAAGUUUAAAGUAUGGAGAUGGACCAGUCGUUUUAGUGAUGGCUCCCACGAGAGAGUUAGCUGAACAGAUUAGACAAGAAUGCAUUAAAUUUUCUAUAGAAUCCAAAAUAAGGAAUACAUGUGCUUAUGGAGGUGUGCCAAAGAGUGGUCAAAUUUAUGCCCUCAAACAAGGGGUUCAUAUUUUAAUUGCUUGUCCAGGUCGUCUAAUCGAUUUAUUGGAACAGAAUGUAACCAACCUAAUGAGAGUUACCUAUUUAGUUUUGGACGAAGCCGACAAAAUCGCGCCAUGUACCUCUCGUGAACAUGAAAAGAUAGCAAACCUGAAGUUGCUGCUUCAGAGAAUAUUCCGCGACAACGACAGAAUCAUCGUCUUUGUGGAAACGAAGAAAAAUGCAGAUUUUAUCACCAAAGCUUUGAGGCUAGAUGGUGUGCCUGCCUUAUGUAUACAUGGGGAUAAGAAACAGGAUGAAAGAAGGUGGGUACUGAAUGACUUCAAAACAGGAAAGAGUCCCAUCCUGAUUGCAACAGAUGUAGCUUCCAGAGGACUAGAUAUAAAGGAUGUAAAAUAUGUCAUUAAUUUUGAUUUCCCUAAUCAAAUUGAAGAUUAUGUACACAGAAUUGGGAGAACAGGUCGAGCAGGAGCUCACGGAGCUUCGUUCACUUUUUUAACAUCCGAUAAGUAUAGACUAGCUAGAGAUUUAGUUAAAAUACUGAGAGAAUCGGAACAACCCGUACCUCCACAGCUGGAAAAAAUAUCCUACACAGCUGUUAACAACCCAAGGAGGAACCCCUACUACGGUUAUGGUCGUUCAUCACAUAAUGUAAAUAAUAUUCCGCUAAAGGGAAGCAAUAGAUAUUACUAA